UGAAACUUGCUUAUCGCAGUUCAUUUCUGAAAACACACUGAACACGCAUUGGCAGUAAACUGCUCCUAGUCCCAAAUAAUCACGGAAAGUAGCGUGUUUAAGCUCCACGAUGUCCGGACACGGUCAUGGCCAUGGUCACGGGCACGGCGGGUGUGAGGGGGAACAUGAGCCCGCGGAGAGGGGCCUGGAGUACGGACUGUACCAGAAAAUCGACCUGGAGAAGAUGCAGUGCCUGAACGAGAGCAGAGACGGGGACGGGAAGCUGGUGUUCAAACCGUGGGACCAGCGCCACGAGCGGGACAAGUAUGUUGAGAGUGACGCAGAUGAAGAGCUGCUGUUUAACAUCCCUUUUACAGGCAGCGUGAAGCUGAAAGGCAUCAUCAUCUCUGGAGAAAAUGACGACUCUCAUCCAGCUGAGGUUCGACUGUACAAGAACAUCCCUCAGAUGUCCUUCGACGACACUGGCAGAGAACCUGAACAAGCCUUCAGACUCAACAGAGACCCCACCGCGGAGCUGGAGUACCCGACAAAGAUCGCUCGUUUCUCCAACGUCCAGCACCUCUCCAUCCACAUCUCAAAGAACUUUGGAGAGGAGAACACCAGGGUGUACUACAUUGGUCUGAGAGGAGAAUUCUCACAGGCUCACAGACAUGAAGUGACAAUCUGUAACUACGAGGCAUCAGCCAACCCUGCAGAUCACAAAGUGGAGAGCGUCAUCCCACAAACCAACUUCAUUUCCUGAAGAAGCUUCAGAGAGUGGGAAGAAAGAAGAGGAGGAGGAAGAUGAAGAAAUGUUUCAGUGGCGUCUGCUGACUGUCAUUGUUGAAAUUCAAGAUGAUUUCAGCGCUGCGUGGCGGCAGGUUGGUUGAGCUCGACAGGGAUCGAGCACUGAAAUCUGACCGCAGAGCUUCAGAUGUGCCGGGAAGUGCCAUGUAGUUGCUCUGUUUUCUAUGGCAAUAAAACAGCUUAAUGUGGGCAGAAAGCUUAAUAAUAAAUGCAUGAAACAUUUCACACGCAAAACGGUUGCUAUCAGUUUAACCUGUAUUCAUGUCUAAAGAUAUUUACCACUUUAAUCGGGUCACAUCUAUGAAAUAAAACACAAAAGGCUGGAAAUAAA